UCUCGCCACUUUCCAAAUCCAAAAGAGAGAGAGAGAGAGAGAGAGAAAAAAAAACUUGCAUUCUCAUCGGCUGCGAAGAUAAACGAAUCACUCGAUUGAAAGUGCAGUCAUGGCUGAAGAAGAGAAUCAGAACGAAUUGAAGGAGGAGGUGGCUGACAUAGCACCUUUUGAUCCUACAAAAAAGAAGAAAAAGAAGAAGGUUGUAAUUCAAGAUCCUGCAGAUGACUCUAUUGAUAGCUUGGCUGAGAAAACUGAGAAUUUAUCUGUUUCGGAGGGCCUUGAGGCUACGUUUUCUGGUAAAAAGAAGAAGAAGAAGCCGGCACACACUGAUCUCCUGAGUGAUGAGAAGGAAAGCAUCGGCGAAGAUGUGGAUGAUCACCUUGGAGAUGAUGAAGCUGCUGGAGAAAUUGUCCUACAACAAUAUCCUUGGGAGGGAACUGAUCGAGAUUAUGAAUAUGAGGAGCUUCUGGGCAGAGUAUUCAACAUUCUACGUGAGAAUAAUCCUGAACUUGCUGGAGAUAGGCGUAGGACAGUUAUGAGGCCUCCUCAAGUUCUUCGUGAAGGCACAAAGAAAACUGUGUUUGUGAAUUUCAUGGAUCUUUGCAAGACGAUGCAUAGGCAGCCAGAGCAUGUUAUGACUUUCUUGCUGGCUGAAAUGGGGACUAGUGGAUCACUUGAUGGGCAGCAAAGAUUGGUCAUCAAGGGAAGAUUUGCUCCAAAGAAUUUUGAAGGAAUCCUUCGGCGAUAUGUCAAUGAGUAUGUCAUCUGCAAUGGAUGUAAAAGUCCAGAUACUAUCCUUUCUAAGGAGAACCGUCUAUUCUUCCUCAGAUGUGAGAAGUGCGGUUCUGGAAGAUCAGUUGCUCCUAUCAAGGCUGGUUUCGUUGCUCGUGUUGGCAGGCGGAAAGCUGGGACUUAAGCCGGCUUGGGGAAUGUUUGUUCGACAAUUUCAUCUUAUAAUCGACUUUGUUAAAUUUUUGUAUGUUAUGCUUUGUGUUUAACCGAGAGAUGAUAUUGACAUGUGGUGCAACUUUGCUUAUGAAGAGAGCUGAUUUAGAUUCAAUCUUG